GUUCAGAUUUCGAUAGUAUUUGGAGUAGAAGUUUAUUCUUGAGAAAAAAAUUAUAUAUUUUCCCAUUUAUUCUUUAAAAAGGAAAUUUUAAGCAACGAUGUCUUCCGAAGGAGUUGACCUUAUGAAUUCAGGUCCAGACGAAAAGCAGAAAUUGAGAAAUUCGCCGGGUUCCUCKAUGGAUGAAAACCAAGCCGAGAACGGGAAAAUUGCUUUGAAAAAAAAUAUCACUUUAGUKGAUGGUAUUGGGCUUAUUGCCGGUACUGUUAUCGGCUCUGGAAUCUUUAUUUCACCGACUGGAAUCCUUGUGGAGACGAAUUCUAUCGGUCUUGCUCUGUURAUAUGGCUUGGUUGUGGAUUAUUGGCCAUGUUCGGGUGCUURUGCUACGCUGAACUCGGAGCCUUCGUUACCAAGUCUGGUGCUGAGUACGCCUACCUUAUGGAAGCUUUUGGUAAAAUUCCUGCUUAUCUGUUCGCUUGGACUUCAAUUUUAAUCAUCAGGCCAGCAUCAGGGGCUAUUAUUGCCCUUAUUUUUGGGGAAUACGUCGCCAAACCGUUCUUUCCUAAUUGUCGUACCCCACCGGCAGCCGCAGUSAAGCUACUGGCGUGCGUUUGUCUUGUUGUGAUAACAGGRAUAAACUGUUGGAGUGUCAAAUGGGCAACCCGUGUGCAAGAUAUAUUCACCUAUGCAAAACUAUUGUGUAUUGCAAUGUUGACCAUUAUUGGUAUUGUGGAACUCUGUAGAGGUAAAACUGAACAUUUUGAAAACAGUUUUCAAGACUCUUACUUUUCUGUUGCUAAGAUUGGAUUGGCUUUUUAUAUUGGUCUUUGGGCAUACGAUGGAUGGAACAACUUGAACUACUGCACAGAAGAGAUGAAGAACCCAGAAAAGGAUAUGCCUCGUGCAAUUGUCAUUGGUAUUUCUCUCAUCACUGUCUGCUAUUUACUCAUAAAUGUUGCAUACAUCACUGUUCUCGGCAAGAGUGGAAUCCUAAUAUCACCAGCAGUUGCUGUGAGUGUUGGUAAUCUUUAUCUUGGACCUGUUACAUGGAUUGUUCCUUUGUUUGUUGCGGCAUCAACUUUUGGUGCAGUCAAUGGAAUGGUUCUCACUAAUGGAAGGUUGUUGUAUGUUGCUGCUCGUGAUGGUCUUAUGCCGUCACUACUUGCUAUGAUCAAUGUCAAGAGGUUCACACCAUUACCAUCUCUACUUUUUACCACAUUGAUUUCCAUUGUGAUGUUGAUUCCAGACUCCAGCAAGUUUACUACUCUAGUAGAUUUCUUUAGCUUUGCGGCAUGGUUGUUCUAUGGUGGAACAUUCUUUUCUCUACUCUGGCUGAGAUACAAACAGCCAAACAAACGACGACCAUAUAGAGUGUGGAUAAUUGUUCCAGUUGGCAUGAGUCUUGCAUCCAUCUACCUAAUCAUUGCCCCUAUCUUUGGCGAUCCCAUGGGUUCGCUCAUUGCACUUGCUGUCAUCCUUGCUGGUCUGCCGUUCUACUUCUUUUUUGUAUAUAGUGAUUUAUCACCCAAAUGGCUUAACAAUGGUGUUGAUUCUUUUACAAGCUGGUGUCAAAAGGUGUUUGACCUAGCAAUGACGGAUCCAGAAGAAGUACCUGUACCCUUUUAAAGCUGAACUAAAGAUAUUAAAAAAAACUACUGCAAGUAUCAAAGAAAAAGUUUUAUUAUCAAGGCCCUCUUUCAUGAUAAAGCUGGAAAUUGUUUGAGCCAUUGUCUCAAAUGUUUACAAAUAAUAUGUAACGCUGUGCAUAGUUCUUUUAAUCAUAAAGCAGUGCAGUUUAGUAAUUAUAUUUUUUGUUGAAACUAAUACAACAUAGGUUUUGUAUGAAUUUCCACAUGCCUUGUGGGAUUACAUUCAUAGGGUAUUCUUCACGACAAUUCAUGCACCGAGUCAAUCAACACCACGAACUCCAGGUACUUCCAAAAACUUCUGAAAGGAGAAGUGCUUAAUUUGAAAAAAAUUUUCAAGGGCACUUUUAAAGCUCUUGAAAAACAAAAAUUUUCUUGCAAAUUUUUUGGUAACUCCUUAAAAAUUGCAGGGUACAAUAUUGUAAGUCGUUGCUUAAGAGCAAAUAUGAUGGCUAAUAGGAUAAUGGUUAAUAGUAGAAAAAAUUAUUUUUAAUACUAGUUGAAAAGUGGGAGUUUUAAAAAGUCCUUGAAUCGAUUCUUAGGAAUACUGUAUGAACCAUGUUUCAAUUCAGUCGUGAGUUAAAUUUCAUAAAAUUUCCGUUUUAAAAUAGCAUAUUGCUAUUUUAGGCCCCGUCCACACGUAUCCAGAAAUUUUUGUAUCCGCAAAUUAUUUUUUGCGGAUACGAAAAUGUUUGCGUCCACACGCAGCGUAUUCGAAUCGUUUUCACCGUCCACACGUAUCCGUUUUCUUAAAAUUUGCGGAUACGGACACAAAAAUUGCGGACACGUGUGGACGGGCCUUAGUGUUUUACAAUAGUAAUACACUUGUUGCAAAGAAUGAAAAUAAUAUGUGCAUUAUUUUACUUAUAGUACACUAAUCCUAGUUAUCCCAGUGUUUUCGUAAUUUUAGGUCAUGAUUAAUCCUGUAGACAACAUUCUAUCCCUCAUGAAAUUAAAAUGUUUAAGGUUUUGAACA